GGGAUAGUAAUAAUGAAGGAUGCGAUGGCGGCGGCACCUAUCUUAUAUGACUCUCACGGUCAACAAUCUCAUCUAACCCUGUCUCUUUCUGCAACUUCCGUCUCCCUUCUGUAUCUACUCAUUACCCUUAUAUAUAUCAACCACCAAUCCUGUCUCUCCUUUAACCUCACAAAUCGAUUAUCAAGCACUCAAGAAACCAAAAGAAAGAAAAAAGAGGCACAGCAACAGAGAGUGAAGCAAGCAAGUACAAGCCAUGUUAAAAUUAGAAGUGGCAAUACCUGCACCGGGUAUGGAUUUCGACUUCAAUGAUGCACGGCCUAUGCCUUUCUUGAGUGCUCCGUCUACACCAAAACGUUUCGGUGACUACUCUCUCAGUGUUCCUUCAAGCCCAUCAAGAAUGGCGGAAUUUUAUCGUUCUUUUGAUGAUUUUGAUGAAAACACUACUUUUACUUGGGAACAGAGGCCUGCUACGCCUAAAUCGCCUGCUGCAGGAGGAGGGGAUGAUUUCGCAUUUGAUUUCAGGUCAGAAUUAGAAGAGAACUCUCUUUCAGCAGAAGAACUUUUCGACGGAGGCAAGAUCAAACCGCUGAAGCCUCCUCCUAAACAUGAAGACAGGACUCCGCUUUUGUCGCCAAGAUCACCAAUAGCUCAAGGGAAAAAGAUGAUCCGUGAGGUUUUUUCACCGAGGAAAAAGAAAGAUCAUUCGGAUCCAUUUGCUACAGAAAGAGGGAGAGAAAGAGGUCCUGCUUUAACAUCCAAUACAAGCAGACGAGCUGCAAGAUCGCUUUCUCCGUACAGAGUAUCUGAAUAUCCAUGGGAAGAAGAAGAAAGGAAGUCACAAGAAUCAACCAAACAGCAAUCAGCUGCACCUCCCACUUCAAAAACUAAUUCACAGCUAUCUAACUCUUCCUCCUCGACGAAUAAGAGUUCUUCAAGAAAGUGGAGAUUAAGAGAUUUUUUGUUGUUUAGGAGCGCGUCCGAAGGAAGAGCAUCAGAUAAAGAGUAUAAGUAUCCAUCUUUAUUUAGAAGACCUGAAGAUGCAAAAAACUCUAGCUUCCGUUCCAGUGACAGUUCCUCCGGUUCAGCGUCGGGGACUCGAAGAAAGGCCCAACUGUCGGCUCAUGAAUUGCAUUACAAAACGAAUAAAGCUGCAUCUGAGGAUAUGAAGAAGAAAACUUACUUGCCAUAUAGACAAGGUAUUUUGGGGAGAUUGGCGUUUAGUCCUGCUACUCCCCAUGUUUUUGGCAAUGGCGUUGGAUCUCUUGGCCGUUAGGUUCAUACUCGUCACUACAAGUGAAGUCCAUCAAUUUGGAAUUUCUUGUUUGAUAAGUUGUUUAUUUGAUAUUGACGAACAAAUUGUAGAGCUAUAUGAAUGAAAUUCUUUUCUUUUUUAGAAAAAAGGGUUGUACUGAAAGAUGGUAAAUAUUAUUGCAGCCAUAUCAGACAUAAGUCGAGUUAUAAAAUUCUUUUUACCAAA